AUGGGCAAGAAAGACAACCGCAGAGGAUGGAACGCAGACUCCGAUGCUUAUGGUUGGCCGCGAUCUUCGGGUGGUCGCUAUGGCAAGGGCAGUGGCAAGGCCUGGGGCCAAGAAACGGCCUGGAGAAAGGGCCAGCAGCAGCAGGAGUCCAUGUUUCCUGCCUUCGACAGGAUGCCGGCAUCUUCCAGUGGGGGAGAUCGACAUGCCCACUGGGACGGAGCAGAGCACGUGGACCAUCAGGAGAGGUCCCGAGGGGCCGGCGACUAUGUCAACGGCGUCCAGAAGGUGCUCAACAAUGUCCGCAAGGCCGAAGGACGAGCCCGUCGACUGGCUGCAGAUCGCAAGGCCAUGGACGAGAAAUGGGCGGCCUUCCGAGAGGAGCUGAAAGCCUCCUUUAUCAAAGAGAGGGGACGCUACAGCGAGAAGGUGGCAAGGCUCGAGCAGGACAUCGAGGAGAACACCCUGGCGAAGAACGAGGCCCUCGAGGAGCUCCAGCUGAUCAUGCUCAAGCCCAAGCAGGCCAGGAAGAAGGACCAGACCACCGAGGACAAGGCGGCCCUUGCCGAGCUCGAGAAUCUCCUGCAGGAGGAGGACGAGAACAGUGGAGCAGGCUUAGCGGCCAUCCUGGCUGCAGCUGUUGGCGACGAGGGCCUGACCGACGACGCCAAGAGGAAGCGGAUCCUGAAGGCCAUCGAGGAGCACAAGGGAGAGGACGAGCCCCGAACCCCCAGACGACGACGUCCUGUCUUCCGUGCCAGAACCCCCCCGAUGGACGAGGAGAAGGAGAGUGCGGCGAAGGACGAGCCCACAGAGGGCACGGGGAAAGCCCGCUAUGGAGCCGAGGAUUGCAGCAUGGAGGACCCUUACAUGACCUCUCCCUCCCUACGAAAUGUGCUUCCGGCGGCCGGAGAGUCGUCCCAGCGGGGAAGGUCCAAGAGCCACACAAGGACCCCGAUCAAGUGUGUUGGCCGCAAACCGGUCAAGCCCGACUCGAGGCGAGCCUUGACUUCCCGGCUGGAGGCCAAGAGGCUGAAGGACAUCGAGAAAGCGGAGGCGGAGGAGAUCGCGGACUCUGGGGAGGACUCAGAGGAGGCCCUACUUGGUGCGUUGCCAAAGGGAGGGACCAUUCCUUAUGGUCCACCGGUGGAGUGGGCAGAGAUCCCGGAGUUUGUCUCGGUGACCUCCGACGACUUUGUCCUGACCGGCGGCUUUUUCGGUGCGUCCGCCUUAUAUGCAGAGUGUUCCAACACCUAUGGGGAACAUGUGUAUACUACACAUGAGCGGCUUUUUCGGCAUGUCCGCGAAUGUGAUCUUUUGUGUGGGCUGGCGGUCCCGACCGAGCCUGCAAAUGGCGACAAGCAGCACUUUGCUGCGGCGCAGUUUUGGGACAUCAUGGAUGUCCAUGAGGCUUUCAUGGCCAGAGCGACGGCCUGGGGAUGGCGUUUCCUGGCGAUUUCCGGGCAGCGGGGAGCCGAAGCGGUGCUAACCUUGAUGGCCGUGUUGCUCGGGUCGUUGGUCAUGGCUCUGGGCACAGCAAGAGCACUGCCGGCAAGAUCCAGAUUGCGGCCGCGCCGCGGAGGGUGUGUGCACCCAUGCCUCCGGCCCCUGCUUGCCUUUGCCCUGCUGACAGUAGCGUCAGCUAUGCCUCUCCCAGACCCAGGUGGCGAAGGAAGUCGGCCGUCGGCUACGACGAGGUGCCCCAGGCCUACGGAUGUGGAGUUGUGGUUGUCAGGACAACUCACGGUCAGCGAACAAAUGGCCCGAGCCCUUGAAGGCGUGGUUCUUGGUGUUCCCUUGGAAAGCGGUGGCACUCGAGCUGAGGAAGGCCCCAGACGCUAUCCGAAUGCUGAUCCGCCCUCCCCGGUUGAUGAGGAGGUCGAUUGGCAUUGGAUCGGGGACGACGAGGCACGGGCAGAACACAUAUCUUUUUGGAUCUGCUCGCCCUUCUUCGAGAGUGUCUCCCUGGACGUGGCAGUGGAAUUCCCUUUGGACCAGCAGAGGGCCUUUGAGAUCAUCCAGGACUCCACCCUGGACUUGCCGACGACGCUCCUAAGCCGUGCUUAUGCCGUCCGGCCUCAGCUCGCGGAGGAAUAUGGCUCAGUUGUACUUGUGCCGCCAUGGGUGCCGCUCUCUGGCAAAGUUGCGGUUGUGAUCGACGGCCGUGAACUUGGGGAAGGAGUGCAGUGCAUCUAUGUCAGCGGCCCGGUCACAGACCGUAUGGUACGAAGCCACCUGGGUGAAGGUGGCCAAGGCGACAUUCACAUUUUCGCAUUUGGGUCGCUACACCCACUUCAAGCAGAGGACCAGAUCCCCCCUCAGCAAGGUGGCCUUAUCCAAGCACUGCCAGCUGGCAGGGUGGUGGAAUGGGCCUCCGACUUUGAAACGCGCCUGGCGGCAGCAGCCAGCUGGGACCCAACCGCGGAGCAUCCGCAGCACGUUGAAGGUUGCGGCGGAGGCCUUGGCAUGAACAUUGACAGUUUCUGGGUUAAGGCCCCCGAGGAGCGGCCACGACGCCUCUACCACCGAGGGCGCAGGGUCCAUAGUCUCAUGGCCAUUGUCCCGGGGCAGGAUUACCGCCGCGAGGACAAUUGGGUGAUUUUUGUGGAUUUGCGAUGUGUGGGCCUAUGGCCUCAAUGGGUGAUACUCUCUGACGACAACUUCGACGCCGGCCAGUACAUCGAGAGCCUUCAGCUGCCCUUUGUCAGUGACUUCUCCCUGGUCGUCCAUGGCGGAAGACGUCGCAGGGACGGACGUACAGUCAAGAUACAGGAUGGGGAGCUGCUGGUGGUGACCCUGGUAAGAUCGUCGGAGCUGACGCCUACGGCAUCCCCAGCAGAUAGUUCCGAUGACUCCGGAAGCUGGCUGGAGUAUGACCUCGGUGGCAUCAAGCUGCCCAACUGUACAAGAGAGGCAGCCGACAAGCACGUUCCAUGGCAUGAACUUGCUGCAGGGCUGCCCCCAGGCGAGUUUCCUGAGGUUCACAUUUACACUGAUGGAUCUUGGUGUGGAAAAAGGGGCAUAGGAGGGUACGCGGUGGCGAUCCUCCUCAUGACCUCAGCGGCCACUGCCCUGUAUGGGGUUCUUGGAGAGCAAGUGCAGGGCAAUGCCAGCACCAUUUGGGACUUUGCGGCGCCCCCUGCCCUCCAGAAUGAGCAGAUCGCUAUAGCAGUCUCCAUGCUCUGGCUCCUGCAGGGAGCCAAAUUCCUACGAUUCAGUCAGACCGUGGUGCACUUCGACUGCACGGCCGCUGGGUGGGCAGCGAGCGGCAAGUGGGCUGCCCCGAACCCCUUUGCUCGGCAGACACAUGCCCUGGAGCUGCUUCUCCACGAAGUCAUGGAACCGCCGCCGAUUCUCAGCCAUGUCGCUGCCCACUCAGGGCACCCAUACAAUGAGCUUGUGGAUGUUCUGGCGAAGCGUGUGUCGGAGGGGCUGAUCUCCUUGCCAAGUCCUCCUGAACAUGUUUGCAGGACGUUUCUGGCCACCGACUGGUCAUGGGCUGCCACCGAGGUGCGGAACUACCAGGUGCCAUGUCUCCCCUUGAACCGGUCGAGUAUACAAUGGCACCCUGAGCGGCAAUGUGGUCCUGCGGCUCUUCGUCCGGAGCAGUUGGUUCCCACCAAACCGGUCAUUGGCGGCAAGGAGGGCAGCCGUGGCGCCUUUUACCUCCGAGCCAUGACCCUUAAUGCACAGAGCCUCGCUGGCAAGCACAGGUUCUAUGAGGAACAGCUUGACGAGUUGCAAGUUAACGUUGCCUUCUUUCAGGAAACCAAAGGCCAUGAAGGUUUUGUCAAGAGCGCAGCCUUCCUCCGGCUGUCUUCCGAAGGGCAGCGACAUUGGGGAACCGCUGUCUGGGUCAGCAAAACCAGGGGCAUCUUCAUGCUCGAUGGCAAGCCCUGCCCCGUCGACGAUGCUAAUAUCCGGGUGGUACAUGACUCCCCCAGGCUUAUCAUCCUUUCAGUGGACGUCUCUGGUUGGAAAGUUGUGCUUGUGGCGGGUCAUUGCCCCCACUCGGGGAGCCAGGAGGAGGCUGAGCUCUUCAUGGCCACCUGCGAACAACAGCUAAAGCCGUUGCGCCGAAGCGCGCUCCUCAUUGGCGGUCUGGACCUCAAUGGCAGGGUGCCCACUGGAGUGUGCCAUGUCACUGGUGACCUGGCCCAUGGAGAACCGGACAGGAACGGCAGUGCUGCUAUUGGCUUGGCUCGUGCGGCCCAGCUCUGGUUCCCUUCCACCUACAGCAGACUCCAUGUGGGGGAUAGUGCUACCUACAGACAAGCCAAUGGAGCGGAGCACCGUAUCGACUACGUCUUCAUUGGCGGUACGGCAGAGACCUACGGUCUGCGAAGCUGGGUUGAAGAAGGUUUUGAUACCGGAAAUCCCAACGAGGACCACCACCCGGUAUGCCUUGACGUGUCGGGGCUGCUGCCUGGAGGCAGCAGAUGUGCCGAGGAUGGCAGAGUAUGGAGGCCAUCUUACAACACCGAAAAGAUGAUGACUGCCGAGGGGAAGCAGCUCUUGAACGAUGCGCUCAAGUUGUACAUGCAACCCAGCUGGUCUGUGCAUCCAAGUGACCAUUGUCAACACCUGCAAGAAUUCCUCCAGAGUACCCUGGCAAGGCUUUUCGCCACGGAGACAGCCAGGCCGCGGGCCCAGUACAUCCCUGAGGAGGUCUGGGCCAUCAGGGAGAGUAAGCUACGGCUGAAGCGCUGCACCAGAGGGAGAACCAAGCUAUGGUCUGACAUGGUUGUGCGAGCCUUCAACCAAUGGAGACAUGGUGCAGACUUUGGUGUUGCCCUGCUUGUCAGCCGCCAGGGCCUUCUCUAUGAGGUAUCUGCUUUGGCUAUCCGCUUUGCCACUGCGCGCAUCAAGAAAGGAAUCUCCAGUGGCAAAAGCCAGUUCCUUAAGGGCCUGGCGACCGCUGGUGGAGGCAAGGCGGGUGAGAUCCUCAAGACUGCCAAGAAAAUGGGCAUUGGCGGCAAAACGGCCAAGGACGUCACUCGCCCUCUGCCGAUCUUGUUAGACGCCACCGGGCAGCCGGCGUCCACAUGGCGUGACAGAGACAAGGUCUGGCAACAGCAUUUCGGCAAGCAGGAGGCAGGUGAGGUCACGCAGAUCAGCGAGCUCAUCCUGCGCGAUGCCCAGCUCCCGAAUGUGGAUCCGGACUUGGAGUGGGACAUCCAGGACCUCCCCUCCUUCUUUGAGGUCGAGGAUGUCUUCCGAUCGACGAAGCGGCGGAAGGCUACGGGGCUGGACGGCAUCCCGCCAGAGGCUCUUGCGGCAGCACCGACGAUGAUGGCCAAAUUGGCCCACCCCCUGAUGCUCAAGGCGGCGGUGCUGUUGCAUCAGCCCUUACAGUGGAGAGGGGGACUGCUUCACGAGAUGUGGAAACGGAGCGGCCCGCAGUCCUCACCCGAUUCGUACCGCUCCAUUUUCAUAUCCUCCCACCUGGGCAAGAGCUACCACCGUCUUCUUCGAGAGAGAGCUCUCCCAUUUGCGUCCCGAGCACUGCACAGCUUUCACCUCGGAGCUCGACGGUACGCGCCGGUUACCUUUCCAGCCCUGUAUAUCCAGGGCCAUUUCAGGUUCUGCCGAGACAGGAACCUCUCGGCAUCGGUGCUGUUCUUGGACAUCCAGUCCGCCUAUUACAGGGUUAUCCGAGAGCUCUCUGUUGGCCACAUUGAGUCGGACGAGGCGGUGUGCAAGCUCUUUGACUACUUCGACAUCGAGCCGGCCGAAGCCAGUGAGUUUCUUGAUGAAGUACAACGUGGUGGGACCAUGGCUCAAGCGGGGAUGAGGGGCCCGCUGCGACACCACGCAAAAGAUGUCAUGUACAACUCAUGGUUUACUACGAGGUAUGGGGGGCCGAAGCAGGUCGUGGCCACCUACGCGGGCUCGCGCCCAGGAGAGUCAUGGGCAGAUCUGGUCUUUGCCUUUGUGCUGGGCAGGAUCUUGGCCCGCAUCACCGAAUUGGCAUCUGGAGAGGGUCUACUGACCGAACUCGGCGUCACUGUAGAAGGCGGCCCCUUCGUGGAAGUGCCAGGCGGUGACAGAUUGGAGGCCCAAGACAGCACAUGGGCCGACGAUGCUUCUUUCCCUCUGGCCGAUGGUAGCCCUGAGGUCUUGAUGGCAAAGACGUCCCGGCUGUGUUCCCUCGUUCUGGACUACUGCAGCCGGCAUGGUAUGAGGCCGAACUUGAAACCCGGCAAAACGGCUUUGCUGAUAGCAUUGCGUGGAAAAGGGGCGACGAAGGCCAAGGCGAAGUGGUUUCGUGGAGGUCGUCGGCAAGUUUACCUCAGGGACCUGGACUUGAAUGUGCCUGUGGCGGCACAGUAUGUCCACCUUGGUGGACUGGUGGAGCCUGCCCUGAAGCUGCAAGCCGAAGCGAGGCGCAGGCUUGCUAUCGCCAAGUCGGCUCUAAGUGCGGGCAGCAAGCUACUGUACGGCAAUGCCACCAUUCCGCUGCAGGUUAGGGCCGCUCUCUUCGAGGCCACCGUCACGGCCUCCUUCUUCAAUUUGGGUUUGUGGAUUCCAGAAGGCCAGGGGUGGAAAGCCUUGGAGGAUGGCUAUACGAGGCUCAUCAAGACCCUCUUGGCCAAACAAUUUAAAGGCGAGCUCUACUACAAGCUGGUGGGGCCAAUGAUCCACAUGCUGACUGGGAUCCCGCGAUUAUACACCCUUGCCAAGAAGGCCAGACUAAGCCUCCUGAUCUCCAUGGCCAAAGCAGCGCCAUCCGCGCUGUGGGCGAUGCUUCAAGGGGAACAGCGAUGGCUGGAGCGAGUUAGGAGCGACCUGGAAUGGCUGUGUGCUGGCAAAGGUGUUUGGCCAGCCCGAGGGCAGCAGCACUGGCCUGAAUGGCUCCACUUGCUGAGGGACCGCGGCCCGUGGGUCAAGCGCCAGAUCCGGCAGAGGGCUAGGGCCGAGUUUGACCAUUUCUGUUCCGAGCAGAGGACGUGCCUCGCGUUGUGGGCUUUGUACAAGAAGAUCGCUCGUGCCGCUCCCUCUGAUAGCGGACCGGGCGGUGGAUGGUACUGCAGGAUCUGCGCCAAAGGCGUGAAGAGCAAAGGAGCCCUUGGAGCUCACUUCUUCAAAGUACAUGGCCGACGCGCUCGCUACAGGCAAUGUGUGUCAGGCUCCCUGUGCAGAGCCUGCGGCCGCCAAUACUGGUCCCGUACCAAACUCGCCAUCCAUCUACGUGAUUCCCCCUCUUGCGUAGAGACUCUCCUGGGCCAUGGCCUCCAGUCCGAUGAGGUCGUCCCUGGUCUGGGGAGCAAGUUCUGGCGCUCCAUUCAGGUAGAAGAUUUUUCGCUUGCUGUGCCUGAAGCACAGGCUACUCCCUUGGAGCGUAAGUCCGACCAAGGCUGGGACGGAGUGGUUGAGGACGCCUACAAGGCCAUGUGCGAAGCUCUACUGGUGCAUGGGCUCCCACCGGUGGAAAAGGAGAUGAUGCAGCUCUUCCGCGACACCCUGGCGAAGUUCCCCCUCUACUUUGCCGAGAUGGUCGAUGUGGCGGAGCACGUGGGCCAGGAUAUCCGGCAGGUUGUUGCUGCGGGCGAGCAUGACUACUGGACGGCCGAGACCUACGAGGUGAUUUGCCAUGUAGCGGACACUUUCUCAACGACCCCAUGGCCUACGGGAAGUGAGGCAGAGGGUGAGGCAUCGGCCACUGAGACGCUACAUGAUUUCGCCAAAGCAGUCGACCAUGUCGACUGGGAAAGGCUCAUAGGAGGGCUUGCUAGGGACCACAUGACCCCUGCUAACGCUCCUUGUGUUCUGGACGACUCCUGGGAAACUGUUUGGGAGCGAGCCAGUGGGGCGUUGAAUGAAACAGUUGUGGCCCAGUCUUAUUGGCCCUUGGUGCCGAAAGAGCUCAGGUGCUUCUACGGCGCAGUGUGGCACAGUGGCUUUUGCAUGCCUCACCUUGGGCUCCGGCAAGAUGUGCUGCUCAAGCCCUUCGCCGACCUUUGCAAGACAUGCGGUUUGGAAGUACAGCUGCGCAAAACCGGCCGUAAGGUCCUCAUCUCACAAGGCCCAACCGCAUUGUCCGCGCCUUCCUCAGCCGCUUCUGAAGCUCAUCAUCCACUAUGCGAGCCAGCUGGAGGUAGGUCCAAGGACCUCGAAUGCAACAUGCUGCUGUCGGGCGAAGAAGCUUUGUAG